GGCUGCGUCAUAACCGUUCUUGCCCUCUUGGCAGUUCGAAACUACGCUUAAUAGUGUUGGGCGUGUGUGGUAUAGAUUUGCCUCAAAUUUAUCGUGUAUCAUCACUGCCACAAUAGUUGUAUUUUUUAUAUUAUUUGCGUCCUUCCAAGUGCUAUAGCACGAUGGAACGCUGGUUAACCAUAUUCCCUUUCGUAACAUGCCUCAUAUGGCAUGUUGCAGGUCAGAGUGGUUGCCAAAUUCCAUCGGUUAUUAGGAAUACUUGGUUCUCGUGGGAAAACGGUAGAAGUACCUUGACCGAAAUAAAUGCCAUCAGUAUGACUGGACGUGGUACAUGCGUAAACAUGUUAGAGGAAUAUCAUGUGAAUUACACAUUUGUAUUUCGAGAUUCUACUGAUUACAACAGCUGUUAUCAUUGUGUGAAACUGCUUGUCAGGACGGUAAACGUCUUGGAAAAGCUCGAAGUGACUUGUGUAAACUUGGCCAAUGGGGUAGAGCCCACUGUGGGUAACGCCUGUAAAGGUUUAAAUGCAAACCAGCACUUGAUAACAUUAUUCGCUGAAAAUUAUGUACCUGUGAAUUGCAGAUCUUCCCUGGAAGGAGUUUGGCAUUUUACUUAUCAAAAUCGCUUUAGAUUUCGAGGGGAAUGCAAUCAUCCGGAUGCACAAAUAAAAUCUUGUCAGACUGCGGGAACGCAGUUUCUCAUAACCAAUCAAAAAUUUAACAUUACUUACAAAAAAUGUCCCGGAAUGGAGCAAACCUUCGACGGAUUGGUAGAAUACAGCUGCUUGGGCGAUUGGUUCGUCGAUAAGAAUCACUUCUUUGCGGUAGCAAAUACGAAGGAGUCACGUAAGGAUGAGAAGUACAGGUGCUUCUUAAAGAAUCGCGACGACGACUUGUACAUCGGUGUUUCGAUCACCGCGGAAUGUAAUACUCUUAAUACUGUGGAACAGAGCCCCGAACGUUUACGUAUCACGCCGGUUAAAACCGAGGUAGUCGAGCCUGGUUGCCGAUUGCCCGGGGACAUGUCCGGUAAUUGGAUAAACACCGCUAACAUUGACGCGGACAUCUUCAUUAACGAGACGCACAUCAUCGAGACCUGGUAUCCGGAUGAGGGACGAUAUCGGCGAACGGUUUACGUUUGUCGCGAACAAAGAGAUUCGAGGGUCAUGAUGGCGCGACUGACCGUUGAUGGGUGCCAAAAGGAUUACGUUUGUUUCGAUUUCGUGCGACGACAUCACAAUAUUAUCCGAUACAGACGUGGAGUGGCUGUGAUAAAAGACAAUUUCCAUACAGUGUGUUCUUGGGUCCAGUUUUCCAACAGGGAGGCGUGGAAAUAUGAUCUGUUUUUAGCGAAAAACCCCGUUCCGGUACGCUGCCCGAUAGCCGGUAAAUAUAUGUUCCACCAGAAAGGUGACGUCCUGUUUGAGACUAGGAUUCUGGGCGGCGUCACUAAGUCUCCACGACCAAACAUUUAUUGCAAACAGAAUAUUUCCGAUCUUUCGGUCUGCACUACCGAUCAGAAGGAGAUCGCCAUCGACGAAACGUAUUGCUUAUCUGUGGAUCAUUUGGGGAAACCGGUUGACAUCUACAGCGAUCCUGAUUACGUAAUGAAAUGUAUUGGAUUUUGGAAGGAAAAUUUAAAGUCUUACCUAAUAACGUACGACGAAUUGGAUCCUUUCAGCAAGUAUCGUUGCUGGGUAUAUCAGAGGGCCGAUUUGAAUAGAGUGCUCCUGUCUCAGGCCAUCGGUCCAUUUUGCGAACUCAAACAAGACGUGACGAGUCAAAAUUACACGGAGGGCGCAGCAGUUGCGUUAGAGUUACAGGAAUACGAGCGAGAACGCGAUCGAUGUCCAAUGUACUUUGACGACGGGAGCGAUCCUUGGAGUCAAACGGAGAACUUUGUCAAAGUUUUCCAUUUUGGUAACGGUGGCAAUGUAAACAGCCACUUUUCGUUCAUGGUCGCAAUACCAGUGGUAGCAAUACUUACUUUAUUUUAAAGGCGCGUAAAUGAUCCUUUGCACAAAAGUCAAACCGUCCAUUAAUUCUCUCGCGAUGUUGCGAUAAAGAUUCGAGAUAAGAAAUAUGUUUAGUGCUCGUGAGCCAUUCUCGCAACGGCUUGCAUCGUGCUAGCAUCGUACACAUACGUACGUUCCCGUCCAUGUAGUAACUGUGUGAUUACGUGCCUUCAACUUUAUUUACACUUGAGGCUUCUUUUCUGUUGCUGCACUGGUCAACUAGUGCAAUAAGUUAGAGUAUAUUCUUUCUCAUUCUAGCUUACUGCGCUAGUUCACGAGUGCAGCAAUAGAAAAUAAGCCUUUAAUUUUUCGUAAGUAGACAGUGCAUAAUGUUAUACCUGUUCUACACCUAGGGAUGAUCCUACUUGUGGCUCAUCCGAGUGGAAAAGUUUACACGGGCAUUUUAGUACGACUAUCAUGUUAGAUAUGAUUUUUAUAUGAUUUUUAACCCUCUUCUUAUGUAGAAAUGGCACCCGAGUCCAUACAGUCUCAAUACGACGAUCUUUGUCCAUUUAUCUAUUCACUCGAAUGAGUCACAAGUAGGCAUCCCUAGGUGUAGAACGGGCAUAAGGUAUCUCGAUAUACCGAAGGUCCGUCCACGAAUUACGAAAAAUUUCUUACAUAAAAUGAAUGCAUUUUACUUGACGCACUUGUCAUUACGUAUGCACGUGAAUCUCAACAUUUACGGUACAGUUUUAAUUCUAGACAAAAUUUUUGUAACUAUUUUGUUAUGUUUAUUUCCAUUUUAAAUAUCUACCGUCUGACAUACAAAAGUAUAUUUUCAAAUUAAGUAUACAAAAAAUUCAGAUAUAUUUAUGUAAAUGUUUUAAUCAUGUAUAACAAGAACGAGGUAGAAUGCACUCAAAAAUUCUACUAAUGUACGACAUUAAAGAUAUUUUAUUAUGUAUAAAUAAAUUUUUACAACAUUUUA